GUGAUGUUAGCUGAACGUAAGGGAACAGAUGAGGUUUAUGCGGUGAAGAUAUUGAAGAAGGACGUGAUUUUGCAAGAUGAUGAUGUGGAAUGUACGAUGUGCGAGAAGAGGAUUCUCGCAUUGGCUGCUAGGCAUCCAUUCCUUACCGCUAUUCACUCGUGCUUUCAAACUGUUGUACGUUUUGCAGAGUCUUCGUUGAUAUCGGCCCUUCAUUUAAUCUUCGUUUUCUUUCGAUUCCAACUUCAAUUCUAUCCAAUUUUUUGGUUCUGUUGA